CGUAGUCAUGUGGUUUUGAAGGCGGGGCUUUUUGUUGUUGUCGUUUCUCGUCGAAACUCUUGAGCAAAAAAAAACAAACAAUGGCUAACAACUUUCAAAACGUGACUCUUUCUCUAACUUUACCCAUAUCAUGCCAGAUCUGCCUUGGAAAGGUCCGCCAGCCCGUCAUCUGUGCCAAUAACCACGUGUUCUGUUCUGGCUGCAUGGACAUCUGGCUGAAGAAGGCUAGUCAAUGUCCUUCAUGCCGAGUUCCCAUCACCUCGGAGAACCCGUGCAGAGAAAUUAUAGGGGGGACAAAUGAGAGCGAGUCCAACGAGAGCUAUUCUGUGAAGAAACACCUCCGAAAGACCAGGGGAGAGCUUUUGUUGAGGGAAUAUGAAGAUGAAGUGGAAGGUCUCCUCAAAGAGACUGAAGAGCUGAGGAACAAGAACCAGAUCCUGGAGUCCCAGCUGAAGACGGUACUAGAUCCCUGUACUGUAACAGCCAGCCGGAGAGAAGACCGGGGUCUAGACCCCGGUGUUGUGGAAGAGUGGAGCAACAAGCUGAGAGCGGCUACAGAUGACUACAGGCGGAUCAAACUGGAUGUGGAGAAACUAAAAGAGGCUAACAAGAUGCUGCGUCGUCAGACUAUUGACCUGGUCCAGGAGAACGUGAGGUUGAAAGCGGAGGUUGCCAGUAGAUCUCCUCAGAAGUUUGGCCGGUACACGGUAGCAGCUUUGGAAGCUAAGAUCCAUCAGUACGAAAGAGAUUUGGACCACCUGAAGAAAGCUCUGGAACGCAGCGACCAGUACAUAGAAGAACUGGAGGCUCGGGGUGGAGGGGUCGCGGAGAGGCUCCCGAGAAACCCGAGAGAGGCGUCCCAGGGCCACACCGAUGCCCGUCCAGAGAGCACCUCCUCUGGGGAAGGUGAAGCCGAGACCAGGGUCCACUAUCAGAGGAUCAGUGCCACGACGAGGAGUCUGAGUGACAUGGAGAAGGCCUCCGUCUGCUCCGGUCUGGAGGGAGAAUCCAAGACGUUGUCCGCUCACCACAACUACCUCCUGACGACCUCUAACGCCGUGCAGCUCGACGCCGUCGGCUCCGACACGUUCCGGGACCACCGGAGAGGUUUCGGCGUGACCCUCCUCGGACACAAAGACUCUAUAGAUACCGAUAGGAUUGACGCCAUCGUUCCCUCUGACCUCUUCCUGCUCUCCACUCCCUCCUCCGCCUUCCGCUCUCUCAGUCUGAAGAGUCCCAGUGUUGGUGAAGACAAGAAGCUUGGUUAUAAGGCUGUGACCCAUCUGAGGAGACUCCGUUUUGAGGACAGUGUAACACCCAGCAGUAGCAGCAGCGUCUCCACCGUAGCAACUAAACGGUCCAAUCACACUGCUCAGUUGUCCAACGGUGUGUCUUCCUGCAACGCAGCCGAGCCGGGACUCUCCACUACCGCCGAGCCGUUGUUCUGGGCUGCAGCCUGGCAGAGCCGCAAGGCUUCUGAUAUAACCUCCGUGACCUCUGUGACGUCACCCAAUCACAACGGAGAGGAGGAGAGGAGGCAGCUCAACACGUCUUCAGGGUCGGGGCACGGCGAGAGAAAGCAAACCGCGGGAGUCACCACGUCCCGCGAUCUGACAGAGGACGAAGCCUUCAUGGACGAAGCCUUCAUGGACGUAGCCUAUCUGGAUAAGAUCUCUGAGCUGGACUCUAUGAUGCUGGAGGGGCCAGAGAGCUGCGGCUCGGCAGGGUCGCACCUGUCCUCGGGCUCACACCUGUCCCUGGCUUCCUCCCUGACUUCUGCCGACACACCGGACUUGACCCUUGACCUCAGACUGGAUGUGACCCUGGUACCUGAGGUGGAGGGCUGCUCUGAACUCUUCCUGGAUCCUGACUCUGAGCAGGACCGAGGUGGACAGACCGAGGCGGAGGAUUUCGACUUGGCGUGUCGGAUAAAGGGAACCUCUUCGUCUCCGGUCACAGUGUCAGAGACUCGGGCAGCUUCUCUAGCGCCCACAUCUACGACGACGACGGCAACCAGGUCUGGAUCCUCCUCUGGGAGAGACGCUGGCAACGGGGACCACAGUCUUCUAGACCGUACGGGGCCCGCUAGAGAACAGGGACACCUCUCUGACCCGUCUCAGACCGAUGAACUGUCCUUCGACCUGCUGUUUGACCCCUUAACAGAGACCCGGACGGGACCAGGAGGGCCGUCGGCCUGGCAGGCCUCAGCCAACCACCACCACGACAUCUCGUCUGACUGCUGCUCGGCACAUAGACCUGGUGGAGACGCUGUGAGAGAGAAGAGCGCGGGGACUCCUAGUCAGGCCACCAAACGGAAGUCUCACAGUCCUUUUAAUGUCGGCAGUCCCUCCAAACAUUCUAAGUUUAUGUGAUGGAGUUACCAUGGCGCCCACGUCACUGUAGACUAGCCCGGGCGCCAGUCUGUUUCUGAUCUCUUAGACAGCUCUUUAUGGAACUGUGGGAUGCGAUGUCCUGGCAGAAUCUGCGACCAGGCUCCCUUCUUUACGGUGUCUUAGUCCCAAGUGUCAUGUUAUUCCCUAUAUAGUGCACUACUUUAGACAGGAGUCCUACAUGGGCCCUGGUCUACAGUAGUUCAUUAUGUGAGGAAUAGGGUACCAUUUGGCAUAGCAUUAGCAACACAAGACUGCAAUCGUUAACCGCUUCUUUCAAACUGUUGCUAAUGCUAACGGCUUCUUUCAAACUGUUGCUAAUGCUAACGGCUUCUUUCAAACUGUUGCUAAUGCUAACGGCUUCUUUCAAACUGUUGCUAAUGCUAACUGCAUCUUUCAAUCUGUUGCUAAUGCUAACUGCUUCUUUCAAUCUGUUGCUAAUGCUAACGGCUUCUUUCAAACUGUUGCUAAUGCUAACAGCUUCUUUCAAUCUGUUGCUAAUGCUAACGGCUUCUUUCAAACUGUUGCUAAUGCUAACUGCAUCUUUCAAUCUGUUGCAAAUGCUAACUGCUUCUUUCAAACUGUUGCUAAUGCUAACUGCUUCUUUCAAUUUGUUGCUAAUGCUAACGGCUUCUUUCAAUCUGUUGCUAAUGCUAACUGCUUCUUUCAAUCUGUUGCUAAUGCUAACUGCUUCUUUCAAUCUGUUGCUAAUGCUAACUGCUUCUUUCAAUCUGUUGCUAAUGCUAACUGCUUCUUUCAAUCUGUUGCUAAUGCUAACGGCUUCUUUCAAACUGUUGCUAAUGCUAACUGCUUCUUUCAAUCUGUUGCUAAUGCGAACUGCUUCUUUCAAACUGUUGCUAAUGCUAACUGCUUCUUUCAAACUGUUGCUAAUGCUAACUGCUUCUUUCAAUCUGUUGCUAAUGCUAACGGCUUCUUUCAAUCUGUUGCUAAUGCUAACUGCUUCUUUCAAUCUGUUGCUUAUGUGUAUGUAUGUAUUGGCAUCAAAUUAUUCCUGAAAAUAAAACUGUUAUUUUCAGUACAUUUUGUGGAAUUUGUAGACCAAUUAUUGCAACAAAUAAAACUUAAUUUGAUGGUAA